CAAUUUCUGGUCAUUUUGCAAAGGCGAUUUAUUCGUGUUGCAGUGAAAGCGGAUAAAAAGAUGCGAAGAAAAUUGCGCGUUUGUGCGUUUGUAAUAAUCGAUGUACUGUUUGCUGAACUCUGCACGUGCAUGCCGACGCCGCAGUUUUACAGCGGGAGUCCGGUGGUGGAGCUCCCUGGCGCUGCCAUCGCCGGGCGAGCCAGCCCGCGGGACAGCGGGGGAGCGGGGAUGGUGUACGUGCUGGUUGGUUUGGUCAGCCUCCCUCUGCUGGUCGCCGUGCUAUGGCUGCUGCGCCAGUUGUGGCGCAUGCUGGCCUCCUGCGCAGGCCGGGGCUGCCCCGCCACAGCGCGCUGCGCCAGUCGGCCCGACCAUGGCCUGGAGGAGGUCGUGAUCAUACCCGCCGACCACCAGUUGCACGGCUCAGUUCCUCAGGGCGUGCCGUCUUCUAGCAGUGCCCUGCUGCGUGAUGGGCCACUGGCAUCUUCCCAACAACAACACCAGUUCUCACCUGUUUCUCUGAUGGAAGAGAUGUUGCUUGCGUCGACUCGUGAACAGAUGCAGAGUGCAUCAACACCUGGUGACACACAACUGGUGACCUGCCACCAUCAAAUGCUCUUGUAUUCAACGGCUCCUCGAGUGGAAUGCGUUAAGGGAAUAUUCGCUGAUUACCAGUCUCCUAGCCGUCACACAGAAGAGACGGAAGUAGAGGCCACAUACGACCAGGAUCAAGCGGUGCUUUCUCCUCCGAUGCAGGAUUUGGAAGUGUUUUAUUUCCCUGAUGCCUUCGCUCCUCCCUAUGCCGACUGUGACAACACACAGUAUACCCAGGAGUUACGGCGGGAGUCCGGUGGUGGAGCUCCCUGGCGCUGCCAUCGCCGGGCGAGCCAGCCCGCGGGCCAGCGGGGGAGCGGGGGAGUCACAGAGACUGAGCUGACCCGCCUGCGCCCGUACUCGCCAUUUGCCAACAGCACUAUGGUGUACGUGCUGGUUGGUUUGGUCAGCCUCCCUCUGCUGGUCACCGUGCUGUGGCUGCUGCGCCAGUUGUGGCGCAUGCUGGCCUCCUGCGCAGGCCGGGGCUGCCCCGCCACAGCGCGCUGCGCCAGUCGGCCCGACCAUGGCCUGGAGGAGGUCGUGAUCAUACCCGCCGACCACCAGUUGCACGGCUCAGUUCCUCAGGGCAUGGUGUACGUGCUGGUUGGUUUGGUCAGCCUCCCUCUGCUGGUCACCGUGCUGUGGCUGCUGCGCCAGUUGUGGCGCAUGCUGGCCUCCUGCGCCGGCCGGGGCUGCCCCGCCACAGCGCGCUGCGCCAGUCGGCCCGACCAUGGCCUGGAGGAGGUCGUGAUCAUACCCGCCGACCACCAGUUGCACGGCUCAGUUCCUCAGGGCGUGCCGUCUUCUAGCAGUGCCCUGCUGCGUGAUGGCGGGAGUCCGGUGGUGGAGCUCCCUGGCGCUGCCAUCGCCGGGCGAGCCAGCCCGCGGGACAGCGGGGGAGCGGGGGUGAGUACUGAGCUGCUGGCCCCGGGACUCUGA